AUGCGAUUCUUAACUUUGCUCGCUCCUCUAUUCGCUUUACUGCCAAUAGGUCUCGCAGCGCAUGCCGAACAUUGGUCAGCUUUAGCUUCAAAGGCAAGAGAUGGAGUCAUCAAACUUGAUUCCGAGUCAUACGAAGAUAUAUUGGCGUUGGACAGGGAAUAUUCCGUUUCAGUGGUAUUAACUGCUCUUCCUGCUCAAUUCAAAUGUCAACCGUGUCAUGAUUUUGACCCUUCGUUUCAUCAAGUAGCUGCAUCAUGGAAAAGACAACCCAGACAUAUAAGAGAUAAACAUUUCUUCGCUAAAUUAGAUUUCCAAGAUGGUCAAGCUAUUUAUCAACAACUCGGACUCACUUCAGCUCCUACAGUAAUGUUCCAUCCUGCAUUAGCUGGACCUAAUAGGAACAAUAAAUUGAGUGUGGUCACUUAUGAGCUUAACAGGAAUGGAUUGACCGCCCCACCUUUACAUUCAUGGCUGAACAAUCUCACACCAGCACAUUUCUCAUUUUACAAACCUGUGAACCCCUUGCAUUACAUUGGAAUUCCUAUCGCUGUGAUAGCAAUGGGAGUUUCUUUAUUCUCGUUAAGGAAGUUAUUAGUACCUUUGGUUCAAUCAAGGAUAGUUUGGGGCACAGCAAGUAUUAUAUUGAUAUUAACUUUUACUUCUGGACAUAUGUGGAAUAAAAUCAAGAAUGCUCCUUACGUCGCUGCAGGUCCAAAUGGUAAGAUAUCUUGGAUAGCAGGUGGUUAUCAAAAUCAAUUAGGUUUGGAAAGUCAAGUCGUUGGUGGUAUUUACGGUCUCUUGGCUUUCUCAAUUAUCGCCUUAUCAGUUUUCAUCCCAAACCAGUCUUCUCCAGUGAAACAACGUAUCGGAGUGUAUCUCUGGUUGGCAAUGUUGAUCGUCGUUUUCAGCCUUUUGAUCAAAUUAUUCAGAAUGAAGAAUGGCGGUUAUCCUUUUGCCUUGCUUUUCUAA